AUGUCAGUCUUAUGAACACCACUUUAAGUAAAGUGUAACCCACAAAGCUAACAAAAACAUUAUUCCUUAAGGUUUAAGCAAGAGACGGUCAAUUCUCUAUAGCAUUUCCAUCAAAAUGCCUGAUUAAACCAUGUAAGAUAAUCUUCACUGAGUGUCGUAAACUUAAGCAAACACUCUGCGCUCUAAACAAUAGUAACCAUUUAAAAACGACAAGCGUAACAAAAACUCUUGGAAAUACCUAAAGAACAGAACACCACACUAUAUUAAGUCCUAUCCAAUUCUUAUCUUGAAUAGAUAUGCAUAGAAUAAGACUUUAUUUCCAGGGAACCUGAAACUUGAACUUAACGUUAUCAAACUAAUUACAUUGAGUUACAUUUAACAACUUAAAUAUUGUUUUAAACAAUCUAAAGCAGAUAUUUAAGUUACAUACAAUAUUAUGAUGUAAUUAUCAACAUUAUUGUGUCAGGACAACUAAAACUAAUAAUGAAAAUAUGUUUACAACUUGGGUUUAAUUAAAUCAAUAAAUUAGAAUUUUUAACUUGCACCAAUGCAUUUAAUUACGUAGUGGUGACAGAUGAAUGAUUUUUGGAAUGAUUUUUUAUAAAGUUGAUCCAAUGCACACAGGUCUGAUAUGCAGGUCUGUGCUAUUUGUAUUCAAACCUCAUGGAGGCAGGCUAUCACAGGACAUCUUGCAACUGUCCAUAAACAUAACUUUUUAACAUAUAAAACAAUAAAAUAUACAUAAUUAUAAACAUAAACAAUAUUGUGUAUUUUAAUAAGAAAGUCAACCUGUGAAUCAAAAGCUUCAGUAUAAGUGAUGCUGUAUAAUGGCUAUGAUUUGUGCCAAUGUUACUUGCAUUGCACUUUGAAUCUGAUAAAAUAAGUCUAGUUAAAACUUGAAACCUCUGAAAAUCAAGCAAAAAUGACGGACGCUGUUUUAAUGCUAAAACAAAGAUGCUGCUAUGAGAAUGAAAAUGUGGAUGUUUUAAAUUAUUUAUGUAUUGCUUUCAUAAUCAGAUCAUACUGAAGCUUGACAGUUUGUAAUGACUAUCUCCUCUGAUAAACUCUGCCUAUACAUUAUACAGUACAUAGAGUAUGUUAUACACACAUUAUACAUACUCAUGCAUAAUACAUCCUUUAAACAUUUCUUAUGCAGUUGCUAAAUAAUGUCUCUUAUUCAGUCAUGUGUAUUUUCAUGCAUAUAAACUGGUCACUAACUGUAAACUGUUUAACUGUAAACUGUAUGUUUUAUUCACAACCUAAACAUCUUUGGCCUCGCCUGCCCUGCUCUUCAUAAAUCAUGACAUGUACUACAGCUUACACUCAGGUGUCAUGUACCCUCACGCACACAAAGUCAUUGCCUAGAAUAAGGCGCUGGUUAUAUAGAAAGAGACGAAAUGCACCCUUGAUCAGCCCUGACACAGUUGAUGCAGGAUGUGUCACGUGAUGGGAGAACCUUCAUGAUGUUAGCCGAUUAACGUGUGCCCUGCCCUCGGAGUGCUUAUCCUCUAACAGUCGAACACACUUCCACACCGGCACACGCAAAUAACCUCAUGCACACUUCCCAUCCAGCCCUGUUCAACUUUAGUGACCUACUCAGCCUUGAGAAAUCCUCUUUCUAAUUUAGACUCCCCCUCCCCUUCAUCCCUGUGUGUUCCCUCUUCAAUCCUUCUACUCCUCUCAACCAUCCUGGAUCUCUUUCACCUGUUAUCAUGCUAAACAGAAUAUAUUUCACAAUGUACUCUUCUUGUAGCUGUUUAAGAGCUGAUAAAGGUGUUUUUGUCCAUUGGUGAUGGAGUGUUGGGUUGUGAUGUGUGCAAGUGUGUUCAUCUCUGUUAGUUUAACUCAGUGAAGGAUGUAUCGUCUGCUGGUGGCUCAGGUCCUGUUGGGCUGCUGGAGUGUGGCACAGCCCUUCUGUCCCUCUCAGUGCACUUGUGUGUACCAUGGACGUAGUGAUGGCACUGGCACCAGGUCUGUUUUAUGCAAUGAUCCUGACAUGGCAGAUAUUCCAGUCAACGUCCCUGUGGAUACGGUAAAAUUACGUGUAGAGAAGACAGCUGUGCGUCGAGUGCCCACUGAGGCCUUCUACUACCUGACAGAACUGCGCUAUCUUUGGAUCACAUACAAUUCUAUCAGCUCUGUGGACUCCGGCAGUUUCUACAACCUGAAGGUUCUUCAUGAGUUACGACUGGAUGGAAACGUGAUCGCUAGCUUUCCCUGGGAGUCUCUGAAAGAGAUGCCCAAUCUGAGGACCUUGGAUCUGCACAACAACCGGUUGACUAUUGUUCCUGUGGAGGCAGCACCUUACCUGGUUAACAUCACCUACCUGGACAUAUCUAGUAACAAGCUAACUACCCUUCCCUCUGAGCUGGUGGACAUCUGGCCUCCGUUUUCAGGCAUCCUGCCCAGUGCCAAUGCUUCACAGAAGAUUGUUCUUGGUCUGCAAGACAAUCCUUGGUACUGUGACUGUCGUAUUUCCAAGCUCAUCGAGCUGUCAAAGAUGGCCAACAUACCUGUGGUGUUGAUGGAUCUGUUUUUGACAUGCGUUGGGCCAGAGAAUUUAGCUGGUGUUUUGUUCCAGCGGGCUGAACUGGAUCAGUGCCUGAAACCAUCAGUUAGGAUGUCAGCAACUAAGAUCACAUCACCAUUAGGGAGUAAUGUUCUCCUGCGGUGUGAUGCCACUGGUUUUCCAACACCUACCCUUCUCUGGACCAGAGCCGACGGAUUGGCACUCAACAAUACAGUUGUUCAAGAGUCUCCAGGUGAAGGGGUUCGUUGGUCCAUCCUCAGUUUGCAUAGUAUUGUACUGAAGGAUGCCGGUGAUUAUCGUUGCAAGGCUAAGAAUGUUGCGGGAAAUGCCGAGGCGUACAUCACUCUAUCUGUGGAUGGCGUGGAAACGCAGUCUCCAUCUGUGCAUGUAACCAAGAGACCGGACGCAGAUUCCAAACCUGUUGAUCAAACCGUGAUUUCUGUAACGGGGACACCCAAGAUCCCAGUUUUUACUUCUUUAAGCACUGCCAUUUUACAACCAACAGUGCAGUCACCUUUGCCACCCAGGAAAAGUCUGGGACCAGGUGAAGGAGUGCAAAGGUCCCCACCUGCUAAAGACAGGCCAGCUAAAAUUCAGCAAGGCAAGGGUUACAUAACGAAUGAAAAGUCAAAGAAUAAAGCUGGCGUCGAAGAUGUUGAAAUAGUGGAGGAGACCAGUGAGACGGCAGUCUUGCUAUGGACAUUUGAUAACUUGCCAAGCGACACACCCAUUACAGUGGUGUACUUUCCAUAUGAUGCUAAAGAUGAUAAGGAGUCAAUUGAUGCAGUGGUGGGGCAAGGGAAGCUCCUGCUUGAAUAUCUGAUGCCUAACCAGAUGUACACAGUGUGUUUGGUUACUAAGGGCUCAGCGAAAGAGCAGUGUGUGGAUUUCAGUACUUUGGAUAACACUGGCGAUGAUGGACAGAGCAAACUUCUGAUGAUUGCCAGUGUGGUCGCGUGUGCAGUUGCGGUGCCUCUCAUAGUGGUGCUGCUCUACAAGAUUGUGUGUCUUUGCUGUAAAGGAAACAGUAGCGAGAACAAUGGACCAGAGGAGGACCUUGCAAAAGAGACAUAUGUCAAGUUUGAGACACUUACAAUGAAGCAGAGGACAAUGAACGGCCAGUCCAAUGAUCUUUGGGCCAGGAGACAGACUCAGGAAUCUGAGCGAAUGCUCCUUUGCUCGCGCUCAAGCAUUGACUCUCAAAUGACAUACAAGAGUGACACCUCUAGAUCUGAAUACUUGUGCUAAUGUACACACUUGAUAUUAAAAGCAACAUAAGUUUUAAAACAUUAGGGUUGAUGUCAAUCCCAUUGCCUUACAUGACUUAUCGUCACUCUUAAUUGUAUUUUGUGUCUCGUUUUAUACAUUUUGUUCACUAUUGUUAUCUAAUCUGUAUUUUUAUGAAAUGCAGAUGAUAUACAGUACUGUCCUGAUCAGAACAGUUGUCCAUAGAAAAUAUCAGCAAAGAAGAAAUUGGAAAUGUACAUAGUUUUUAUAUUGAUGUUUUAUUAAAAAAAAAAAAAAACAUUGUAUUGAUGUAAAAUAAUAGUGUGUGGAAGGAAUCAAAUCAAAUAAAUGAAAUAAAACAUAUAUUUGAUAAUGAGAUUGCACCAUUGUUCCACCAACAAAAGAGUUUUAUGAUUUCUUUUUUUAUUUAAGAUGAUUCAUCUUCGAAAAAUAUACUUGCACAAACUUCUUUGCUCAAAUUUACAAAGGGUGCCAAUAAGGUACUUUGUGUAUGAUGGAAAAAAUGUUGGGUUGAUGAAACUAAAAAAUGAUAUGGAUCAAAAUGGGAUGAACCCAGCCGAUUGGGUUGUAAUAUUACCUAUGCUGAGUUGUUUUAACCCAUUGUUGGGUCAAAUAUAAACAUUUUCUGGGUUCAUUUCACCAAAGGAUUGGGUUUGUCCCAUUUUGAGCAGUGCUGGGUGUAAAUUCACAAUGUAUGUAAGUAAAUUUAAUAUACUGCCUUUUCAUGCCUUUUAAUGUAUUUUUGUUUUUCUCAACAGAAAGGUGUAAAUAUUACUUUUUUAUUUUGUGCAUACAGUUAAAGGGAUAGUUUACAAAAAAUGAAAAUUCUGUCAUCAAAAAUAUAUUACUCUUUCUCAUGUUGAUACAAACCUGUAUACAUUUAUUUAUUCUUAACACAAAGGCAGAUAUUUGAAAUGAAGCAGGAAACAGAAGAACCACUGACUGCCAUAGUAUGAAAAUACUACUAUGGAAGUCAGUGGUGCUCAAAAACUGUUUGGUUACAAACAUUGCUUAAAAUAUAUUUCUUUGUGUUCAGCAGAACAAAGAAAUUAAUAUAGAUUUGUAAAAACAUGAGGGUGAGUAAAUGAUGACAUGAUUCACAUUUUUGUGUGAAUUAUCACUUUAAUAGAAAAGAAAAGUGGAUGUAAAAUUAAAGGUAUAGCGGAAGAUUUUCUUUUUCCGGGUGGAUCAUCAAGACUAUUGGUCAUCCCAGUUGUCAAUCAUUCUGGUGAUAUGUUGACGCAAUGCCGUCGUAUGUGCUCGUCCCAAGGUUAGCUUUCUGCACAUGUGCACUUUCAGGUGUAUAUGUGUGGUGGUGUACGGUUUCAGCCAUUCAUUGAAGCUCGCGUUCUCAUCGUGUGUUUUUUUAGAUGUCUGAGGGUCACAAAAGAAAAAGUGUCUAUGAAUUGUAUGACAAGAAGAGAAAGGCCUAUGAACAAAGAAACAAGACCAUAGUGCUUUUGGGAGACUAUUUCACACUCUGCAUGUUCUCUCUCAUGCAUACGUUUAAUAGGCGUUCCCUCUUUGGAGCAGGUAGAGUGUUGUGCAUGUGCAUUUUUUUUAAAAAGUGGAGGGGCGGUUCUUUUCAAAAAUUCGGGAAAAUCUUCCGCUAUACCUUUAACAAUAGGUUAAAAUUGUUUUCUUGUGGUUACCAUUUCAGUUAUGUCAUCUAUGUCAUCAUGUCUCUUUUAAAAUGUCAAAUUCCUAGUUUGUCAUGUAAAGAUAAAAAUAAAAUAAAAGAAUC